GGAUCGCCACCAUGCCCCACGGAGCUCCGCGGGCCGGGCCGGGCGCAGGGAGAGCCGGGGCCGGAGCUCCGCAGGACUCCCGGCAGGACUCCCGCAGCACGGGCGCUGAAGAGCAAAGUGGAGCUGGGAGCCAGCUCACGAGGACACCCUUGGGUGGGGACCCUGCUGUUACAGCCCAGUGUCACAGGGAGCUGCCAGCUCAGAUUGUCUUGCAUGGGCAGGACAGUUAAAAAGCUAGAGAAUCCACGUGAGGUCCCAUGAAAACCAGAACCAUCUACUUAUAAAGUGCUGUUGCCUCUGACCAAGAACAAAAAUUGUUGUGGGAAUAAUAUGCGAACAGAUCAUGAAGAACUCUGUGGCACCAGUUAUGGAUCUUUUUGUCUAAAUGGAGGGAUUUGUUAUAUGAUUCCUGCUGUUUCCAGUCCAUUCUGCAGGUGUAUUGAGAAUUACACAGGAGCUCGUUGUGAGGAAGUUUUGCUGCCCAGCAUCAAAUCCCAAACAAAAGGUGACCUGUUUGCAGCUUUCUUGGCUUCCCUUCUUCUUCUAGGAGUUCUUGUAAUUGGAGCAUUCUACUUCCUUUGCAGGAAAGUUUCCCUUCCAAGGACAAGUUCUUCAGAGUAUGGUGCCAGCCUAGUUGAAACUACAAGCAGCAAUGGCUGCAACAAAAUAACAACAGCCUAAAGCAUUAGAGUGGAAGAAUGGUGGAGAAACAAAAUGCAGAGCAACCCCUGACUCUAAAUUGUAGAGGGUGACAUGGUAAGCAAGAUGAGAGAAGAAAGUGGACUGAAACAGGAGGCUGACAUGUUGGAGAAGACUACAUCUAAGAUUUAAACAGUUGCACUUAAUGGAGUUUCUAUGUACUUUUAAAACUGUCAAUUAUACAGAAAUCACUAUAAUUUA